UCGAUUCACUUUUAUAAGUAGAUUAGAGAAGGGUUUGUCACAUAUUUUUCCAAUAUUAUCUUAAAUCAAAAUUAGCGUUUCAAAUAAGCAUGCUAUCAAAGACUAUAUUUAGGUUAAUAAAAUGAUAACCAUCACAGCUAACCAAUAAUGGAUUAAGGGGAAGAUUGUUCUUCAACUAAAAUGCUAAUUAUACUGUUCUGUACACAGAUGUACACCACCUGAGAUACAUACCUCCACCUGGUUCUAUAACAUCACUGACGCUUAUUAUUGUCCUCUGUUCGUGCCUCAAAUAUUUCACUGCAACAUUUCCAGGAUGAAGAUAAAGAUCGUGUUAUUACUUCUGUUGGCAAUUCUCGGCUACACCCUGGCGGAUGAUUAUCCAGAAGAUCCAAAGCCUGUCGGCAGAUGUGACUUCUCGUGCUCCUCAGAUUACGUGCCUGUUAGGGGAAUGGAUUCAAAAGGCAAUACCGAAAAUUUCCAUAAUAUUGCUGUGAAAUAUACACGCACAAUGAGUGCUACGGCACAGAUUAUUACUCAAAUUCAUGUUCGAAAUGAGAAAUUGGUAAUAGCGAACAUCUGGAUCUGCAACAUCAAGAUACUAGUAGGUUUAAGGAAUGAAAUAUCCCGUUGGAACAGUAUCAGAAAUAAACACAUUUCAAUUAAAAACUCGCUACUCAUUGAAUAUUAUUAAUCUUAACAGC